GCCAUGUAGUAAACUAGUAGUAGAAAAACUAGUAUUUUUCAAAAUAACCCAGGUUUGAUCUAGCAAUUUCCCAGGAUUUCAACAUUUAUAAUAUGGUUUAAUAAAAUAUUUAUAUUGGAGUAUUUGAACGUUAGUGCAAAAAUGGGCGAAGGUGGCACAGGCUUCGUGUGCUUAAUUCGGAAUAGUGAAAUCUUGUGAACGUAAUUUACAUGGAAAUAUUACUUUUUUUUUCUAAUUUUCAUGUAGUUAGUUACAACUGCAUUAACUUUAUAAGCCUAACGGAAAACUGACGGGAAUGGUCCCUGGGCUUGUUCUUAAAGUGCGUCGCUUCACACUCCGAAAGCGGUAGGGGCACAAAGAAAGAGUGAAAGUUUGGGACACAGGGUGAGUGUGGAGGCCCCGUGGAGGGCAAAGAGUGUGGAUGACGUCAUGCUUUCCUUUCAAUUAUGCAAAUAAAACCUAACAUUGACAAGGAUGCUGAACUUUCUGUUGUCAUGGAUGUGUGCUGACAGAAGAAUUCACUUUAUCAAUUCAAUAGUUUAAUAGUCAGUAGCUUACUACUAGUACUAAGCUGCUUAGGAUUUAGAUUAAAUGUAAGUUGUUGAUUUUUAAAUAAUUGUUCAAUUGGAAAGUGUGAAGUACUUGAGGAGGGGGUGUCUGCGCUUUGAGACAGACUAUGACAGCCGGAGGGAGGGUGAGGAGGGGGUGUCUGCGCUUUGAGACAGACUAUGACAGCGGGAGGGAGGGGAUACGUUUUUACUAAAGCUGUUCUGAACAAUGAGCUACAUAGACACUGACAUUGAGACUGACAUUGGGCUUGGCACUGACAUUGGAAUUGACAUUGACACUGACAUUGACUUUGAAGAUCUUCAAAAACAUAAGUUUUAUUUUUUAUUUAAAUUUAUCGGUUGUUUAUUAUUGUAUUGUCUGCUGACGAAUGCAUCGAGCCGAAACGUCCGCUUAAUUGUCUUGUCAUUUCUCUUUAAGCCUGACUAUCUUGCUACACUAUUUAAUUCUUUACAUGGCUUGAACGCAGUCCAGUCGUAUAUUAACUUCUAUUUUAGCCAACUAAAAUAUAUACAUUAUCCAUGCAUUUUUACUAUUUAAAAAAAACGAUUAAAUUAUUUUAACACUAGAUUAACAUUGUAAUUAAACAUCAUUUUCAUUGAAACCACUUCCAGUCGCUCUCAGAAACAGCCAGACACUGGAGUCCUUUAAACCCGAUUUAAAAACACAUCUAUUUCGCAAACACCGUCUGGGGUGAUGCAAUCUACAAUCUUUUUCAGUUAAUGUAUAUUGGCUUGAGUUGCUUAUGGUUGAAAUGGGAUGAAAGACUUUGACUUGGUAUGCUCGCAUGUAGUUUUUAUAUUGUUGCGUCUGUUUUUAAAUGUGGUAAAUUUUAGAUUGUUUUUAUUUCUCUUUUUAAUAUGGUUGACUUUGUACCGCGCUACGAGCUUUAGGGGAUGAAGCGUGUUUUUCAAAUAAACUUUAUUAUUAUUAUUAUUAUUAUUAUUAUUCAUAUUGUAAUGAGUGACCAUUUCAUACACUGUUAAAUAAUUUACAGUUUAAAUGAGGGGAAAACGAUACAGCUAAAUUUAAACAUUUUUGUGCAGCUGUGAUUGUAAAUAAAUGUAUCGCCGCAGUUAACGAUCUGAUCAGGUAAGUUAAAAAGUUUAAACAAAUUCCCCCAAAUAGUGAACGAAAUAUUGUUCCCAUUCCUUUACAUCUUUUUGUUUCUUUCUUUCACAAUAAAUGUUUUUCUCAAAAAAUGAAAUUUCCCAAGGUUUCGUUGGGUUUUCAAAAUUAUUCCCCAAAUCCCUAGAAAAGUAAUGAACUCCUCUGAUCUGGGGUAAAUUCCCAAUGUCUGGUAGCACUUAUUAGCUCUCCACUUUACGAAGUUUUAUAUGAAAUCUUUAAAGCAAAGUUAUUUCCCUUCUCAGAGUCAAGACGAUCUUCAAUACCAUCUGCGUAUUAUUUGCGCAUCGAGUUAGUUUAAAAUUUUGAUACUUUGCCAUAAGUAACACAAGAUUGAUAAUUGAUCUCCAGAGAAUUACACGUAAAUGUUGUUUUAAAAGUCAUUUUCAAAAUUUUCUUCUCAUUGCUUGUCUUCAAAAGUGUUAAAAACCAAUUGUCGAUACUGAUACUCUUAUUUUGAAAAAAAAAAUUUUUAAACGUCAGACUGUAUACUAAGAGUGAAGAGUCUAAGAGCCUUCUUGUCGUACUUCUGUUUGUUCUGUUCACCGAAGAAGGCUCUAAGCCAAAACGUUCACAUCUUAUUGUCCCGUCUUUUGAUUCAGGCUUCAACAUACUUUGUUUUACAAUUUCCCUAUUUAAUUUACGCAAAGCAGGACAUUUAUUUAGUGUAGGUACUUUGGUAAAAAAAAAUUAAAUGUUGUAAAAAUAAACCUAUGGCAUAGUUGAAUAGAGCUAUGUUUUUACAGAUUUAUAACACCAAAGCUAUAUAAAUCUCGUUUUAAAUUAUAAUUUUAUAUGACUUUUAUUUUCAGAACUAAUGCUGUACUGUACUGUAUUAAAAAUAAUUUUAAUAAUGUUAUACAAUUAUAAAUAAAUUAUAAUUUAUCUAACUAUGCACUAUGUAUAUCAGUAAAUUUAAAAUAAUGUAUUAAUAUAUGGCUUUUCUGUUUACUAAAUCUACAGCCUUCAUUAUACCGGUAUAUGCUAUAUAGUCUAUAGGCCUAUAAGUUUGAGGCAAUAAGGCAACACACCCCCUAAAAUACUGUUUGGGAUCUACUUAUUUUGAACUUUCAACUUUGGCACAUGACUAAUAAAUUUAAGCUUUCCCUGAUCAAUGGUUUAAUAGUUUUUGCACACGGCAAACUCUUAAGAAUGAAACUCUGAGUUAGUACUAUGGUAUAGCGGAGUAUAGCCAUUAUAUGCCAGUGGCUGUGAAUGUUUGCCCAUGAUGUUUUGCACACAGAGAAUUCUGAUCGUUAAUAAUAUGGACUCUACCGGGUUUUUAAAGCUCAAAUUAAAAUAUUCUAGUUUAAAUGACUUCAAAAUGCAUUCUGAAACACAAGUUAUCAAGUUUUCCGCAUUUUAAAGGAGGCGUGAUCACUAAUCCAAUAUGGUCUGUGCAACCUUUGCAUAAUAAGGUCAAUGUUGAGGAGAAUUGUGAAAAUGUUUAAUGAGCUAUCUCAAUGAAAUUUUGCACACAUGUACUUCAAUAAAUUAUGCAGGCCUACAUUUAAUAUGAAAGACCUACUUUGAAUAUUUAGACCAAAUUUUUUAAUGCAAAGAUGCCUUAUAUUGACUUACGAUUUUCCUCACUUAAAGUUGAUAUAAAGAACAAAUAAACUCAAUGGGAAUGUAGGUCAACAUUUCUCCGACUGUGAAUGGGCGGAGUCAGACCUUAAUUAUGGGCCAAAAGGACUACUGUUUUAUUCAAAUUGCAUGCACACAAAAAAUUAAAAACUCUGAUUCUUUUGCGCCGACGCCCAUUUUCAAUACAAAUUUACUAGGAGUGUCCGUUGCUUUGGCGAAGUACCUAGACACAGCUUGAGCAGUCCUUCAAUUAUUUUCUUUUUGUUUAAAUUUAACAAGGAACCUAUCCAGUGACACAUGCUUUUUGCCUUAUUUUUUAAAAUUUAGCGGAAAUGAGACACUGCAUUGACAUUUAAAUCUGUUGUAGUGUACCCAUAACAAAAAUUGUCAUAACUUUAACAAAGAUUGUCAUAAUAACUUAUGUUGUUUUUAUAAUUAAGAUUUCAAAUGUAAUAUAUUUUAUUUCACAAAUAAAUGUGAACAGUUGACAUUUUUAAUGAGCAAUAAUUUAGAAUUCAUUCUGUUAAUUCUAGUAUUUUCAUCUUCUUAGAUUCACUUGAGUGAACUCAUCUUACCACCAUGAUUAUUCCCAUACGAUGCUUCACCUGUGGCAAAGUUAUUGGAAAUAAAUGGGAGGCAUACAUUGGCCUGCUUCAAGUUGAAUACACAGAAGGGUAAGUAGAUGUCAUAAGUGGGGAUGGCACAGACAGCUCCACUAGAGUAGAAAUAAAAGGAAUAGCUAGCAUAGGGCAUACUAAGGAUGAACUUAUACUUAUUGAAUAAAAACCUUUCUUAUUAAGUUCUUCUCUAAAAUUGUGUGUGAUUUUCUAGAUUGCAAGCUAUAGUAUAUAAUUGUCCUAAUCACAUACUUUUGGAAGUAUCGGAACAUUAAAUAUUUCAGAAAAUAUCACCACGUGCUGUUUAAUUUGUUUUAAUUCUUAUAAUCAUGAUAAAUUCACCAUUUCAACCACAUGUGGCAUAUACAUUCUGGGUUUUAUUUUGUUCAAAUGUCUGACAUCUUUUGUCCACACAUGUCCACACAUGUGUGUGGUGAACUCAUCCAAGAUUCUUUUGUGAGAUGUAUCACAGUAUCUCUUAGUAUUUUAUUCCAUACAUAUAUGAUGACAGUAAGAAAUAAUAAAUAUAGGGAGUGGAAAACCUGGAAGAAGAUGAAACAAAACAACGAACAUGUCUGCAAAAUGCCAACUUGUACUACCUAAAACAAUAGCAAUACCUGUACCCAUAAACAAUGACAAAGAACUAAGCUGAUGCUCAGUGAUGGCCAAGGGCAAUCUCAUUUGUUAUUUCGUAUUCCCCUAAACUAUGAUUCAUAAUGCCCUAGCCUAUCUUUCAUAUUUCCUAUUACCUACAAACAGUGAUGAUGUUAUGGUUUAUCUAUAUACACAUAAAAAUGUUGCCUUUGAGUAGUAUUAUUCCCAUCAUGAACUAUUUUCAAUCUAUAUACUCUAUUGGUGCCUCUUUUUUUGUGGGUGUUACCCUUCUAAAAGAAGAAGUUCUAUAGCCAUACAACUGCAGUACACACUAUACAACUGCUGUACACACUAUACAACUGCAGUACACACUAUACAACUGCUGUACACACUACACAACUGCCAUACACACUACACAACUGCCGAACACACUAUAACUAUAAAACUGACGUACACACGUUUUGAUUCCUAAAGGAUGCUCAAACUAUUUCCUUCCCUUAGUGCAAGUGUUGAAAUCUAUUUAAAGUGAUUACCAACGAUGAAUGUCACUACAUAUCAACUUAGCAAAUACCCAUGUGAUAUGAAAUGCCAUAUUAUUAUUAUGAGCUUUUUUAUAGGUAGUUGCCUACCUACCAUAUUAUGUCCUACCAUAUUAUGUCCUGGAAAGAGGUCCAUGGUUUUCAAAAAAAAAAUUGCUUUGUUUUUUUCAUUCACCAAUGACAUGCUUGUUCAUGCACAAACCACUAUUUGUUGCAGUGGAGGUAGUUUGUUGUUUAACUUUAGAAUUCCCUUAUAAACACAAAGUGUUUAAAUAACUCUGGAAAAGGAUCAAGUUUAUUAUUUUGUCAGUUUCCUAAGCAAUGGGGACAUGUGAUGAAAAAAACAAAAAAAACAUGUGUUCCAAUUUUUUCCCUUAACAUUUCUUGCAUUGGAGACUUGAACAUUUUUUUACCCUGUAUUAUUUUUUUUAAAUUUUCAGUGAUGCACUUGAUGCGUUAGGGUUGAAACGCUACUGCUGUCGCCGUAUGCUUUUAUCUCAUGUUGACUUGAUCGAGAAACUUCUCAAUUAUGCUCCGCUUGAGAAGAGUGAUGCCAAAUGAUGUUUUGUUUUCUCAAAUGACAUUGUUAUAAAUAUUUGUACAUACGCCAACUGAUGGAAAUUCUUGUACAUAAGCCAACUCAUUGAACUUCUUGUAUGGUUCAUUAGGGAAAUUAGGGAACAUUUUUGAUUGAAUAGUUAUGUAGGAUUCCUAGUUGAGUUUUAGGAGAAAUGUACUUUUCAAUUACAAAUAAACCUGGCAAUGUCAAUAAUUAAUAAUUUCAAACUUAUAUUAAUUAUUUAUAUUUUUAAAACAAACAAUUGCCUGACAAAAGUUUGUGAAAUUGAAGAAUUCAUUCUAUUUAAAGAAUCUCUGAAGAAAUCAAAUGUAGAUCUUUUGACACAUCAGUUCAUUUCUUGAUAAGAUCAGGUCUACCAUUAAUUUAUGUCCUCAUGCAUCAAUGGGAUGGGAAUAUGGCUUAGUUGCAGGCUUGCGGACAGAAAAUUGCAGGUCCAUAAAUAUUGGUGUUUAGGACCCCACCUUCCAAAACAAAAAAAUCUGGUAAAAAGAUAUAAGUAUUACUUCACCAUGUCCUCAAACUUUAAGACAAGGGAAUAUAUUUCCCUGGGCAUUUGAUGCCUCAAAGUCUUUUUGUUUGUAUUGUUCAAUUAAUUAUAAAUAUAGGAUUAUAGUUUAAAAUGUUCCAGUUCUAUUUGCAUUUGGUUUCUUAUCUUUGGCUACAUAUCUCGGGAGGAAGAGGACACUUGCCUAAAAGUACAAUAAUUGUCAACUCAUGUUUGCCUGGGGGAAUGCUGUGUUUCUUAUUGAUGCUUUGUUUGUUCAAACAUACACACACAUACACCUCAUUCCAUGAAAUGUAAAUAAAAAAUCGGUUAAACUUUUUUUUUAAA